AUUGCUUGACCCCAUGGCAACUGUGGAUGUUGAUGAGCUGGAGCUGAUACUUCAAGAUGAAGCCCAACAAAUCUUGGCUGAUGAGGCCUUGGCGCGGCGCCUGGCACAGGAGAUGCAGAACUCUCCGGUGCAGGUGGAUUCAGACAGUCCAGUGAGAACGAAGCGAAAGCGGGCCCCAAGUGUGGACCUGGAUCCAGUCUUGGCCGUGCCCGAGGAGUCGCUCUCAGAGGCGGCAAAGGAAGAGGUGGAAGAACUGUGGGCUCGAUGCUUGAGAGGAGACGAGGCCUUGGAGAACUUGGGCGACUCCUAUGACCAGGUCUCGGCGGAGGCGUACCGAGUUCAUGCUCUUCACGCCUUGAUGCAAGAAUUCAGACGUGCUCCAGCACACUUUGUCAGAGAGACGUUUGCUGAGGCGGGCUCCUAUUGCGAGGCUCGUGCCAUCAUUCAGGACAGCUCCGAGGUGACAAGUAACUCGUCGAAGCGCCCCAACAAGCCGGCUCCUCCCGUUGAGAUGCCAGGCAUCUUGCGAAAGGAGAUGGCGCUUGGUCAUCAUGCCGUGGCCAUCCAAGCAGCGCUGGCCAAGCGCAAGCAGGUGCGAUCAGGGCGAAUCGCUCAGCUGAAAGCUGUGGGUGGCCUUGGCACUUGUGGUUGUUGCUUUGAUGAUGAGCUGCUGCCUGAGGAGGAACUCCGAUGUAGCUCAGCCCAGGGCCAUGGCUUUUGUAUCCCAUGUGUAAAGCGGGCAGCUCUGGAAUUCUUCGGCCAGGGCUUGUUCACCUUGAACCUCUCCACGGGCAGUUCGUCAUCCUCAGAGCGGCCGCAGGUGAGUUCCACGGUGCUACGUUGCUUAGAUACGUCUGGCUGCGAUGGGCACUUCUUGGAUUCCUGCUUGCAGAAGGCCUUGCCACGGAAAGACUAUGUGAGAUACUCCAGACGCUCUGCAGCUUUAGAGGCGGCAACCAGUGGCAUGGAGGAUUUGGUGGCAUGUCCUUCGUGCGAUUUCAUGGUUCAGAUGUCAGAUCCGAACGAUGGCAUUGUGCGAUGCAUGGACCCAGAGUGCGGCAAGAUCACCUGUCGCUGGUGCUCGAAGCCGGAGCAUAGCCCUUUGAAGUGUCAUGAGGUGGAGAAGGAUGGUGAAACAAAGAUCAGGACAUUUGUGGAAGAGAAAAUGGCGGAGGCUGUGCUUCGAAGGUGCCCAAAGUGCAAGAAGCCCUAUGAAAGGACCGAGGGCUGCAACCACAUCAAGUGCCCUUGUGGGACUCAUAGCUGCUACUUGUGUGGAAUGGAACUGGACAAGAAGCGGCCGUAUGAUCACUACAAGGAUGGACAUGUUGGUGGUGGCACCAAUGCCAAAGACUCCAAGUGCAUUGUGUAUGGUACGCCUUCCUGGGCAGAAAACAGCCCCGAGAAGCAAAAGGAGGAGGCGGAAAAGGCCUUGAAGCAAUACCUCCAGGAGCAUCCUGAGCUGCAAGAAGUGGCGGCUGAGUCGAGCCUGGAGAAGCGGAAGAGGUUGCAGGAACUCAUGCAACUCAGUCCGCAUCGAAAAAAGAAGAAACAUAGCAGGCCCGGCAGGCCCGAACUGCUGCAGACUCCGCAAGCUUGUGCGAUUCAGUGAUGGCUUUCCAAUUGAGAGCUCGCAAGAAUGGCUACGGCUACAGAAUGCUUUCGCGGUCAUGUCUCACAGCUCGGGUUUCGACCUUGGAGCUUCUUAGUGACCGCUUAGCGACCACGUGACGCGGAAAAAUG